AUGACGGAUCUAGUUGAACUUCGCUGUGCCGGAGGCACCUCUCUAUCUACCACCAAAAACACCCUUUCUCGAGUUGCUUAUUCUCGCUUAGCUACUGACCAGAGUGCCACUCAACACUCUGAUCCAAACAUUAUUCGAAUAUUACUAGAUGCCCUUAGAAGGCCCGACAUGCGGAUAGUUACUCCUGAACGCUUCUCAGAGUGGUCAACAUUGGCAAAAGAAGCAAAAAACCUUGGACUGCAGACAAUUGUUGACACUCUUACACCAAGUACUAUCGUCGUUGCAUGUCAUGCAGCGUUAUCAACUGGCCGUCUUAAUCCAGAAGUGACAUUUCGAAAGGUUUUACGGGUAGUUAUUUCGGGAAAAGCUAGCAUUUGUCGAUCAGUUUUCGGAGACAGCUUAAAUGAUUGCCGUGAUGGAGGAGGUACAGAUUUCGAAGAAGACAGAUAUACUUCGAGAUUAUUUUUAAAACAUAACAAUCUAGAGAAAGCAUUCGAUACUUUGGCCUCAAAGGGGUUUGUUCUCGUGCAUUCGAACACAUUUGCUCCUUCGUCUACUACUGUCAAUGCAGCGGAGGAUUCCCAAUUCAUACAUCACUCCCAAUACAUUUUUCAAAGAGAUUUCCAGGUUGGAUAUAUUAAGUCAAAGAAAAGCGCUGGGGUAGUAACUAUCUUGUGUACAAGAUAG